AUGAUGAUGAUGAUGAUGCGGACUCUUCGGGAUGAGCUGUGCGAGAAGAAGAAGGAUCCUGUUUCGCCGCACAGUCGUUUAGGUCCACGUGAAGACGGCGCAGAAGACUUCUAUUCCAGGUCGAGCAAUCCCGUUUCUGUAUUAUUGGCGAAACCGAGGCAUUCCAAGAGUUUGAAUUCCCCGUCACGUCUUGCGGCUGUUUCCGCUCGGUCUUUCCGGUGUCUUCUGUUCGACCCCCCCUUGUGUGGACCCCGUGCCAUGGCGGGGGUCGUUCAAUCAAAGAUAGCAAAAACGAACACUCGACGGAUCGCGAGCAUUUCGCAUCUUGUCGUCGGACCCCAGGAACAAACCCAAGUCCAGUCUUCGCCGAAGAAGAUGAAACACGUUGCGAAUCGAUUUCAUGUCUUGUUCGUUUUCAUUGCGAGACUGGCUGGACAGCCUUUGUCGGGAACGAGAUACGAAAGAGUGAAAGCCAAUUUUUCCAUUUCGAUCCCGGCGUCGAAUUUGAUUUGGCAAGGAACCCUCUUCAACAGUCGACAUUGUUCGGCCAAGUGUCUAGCGGAAAGGGAUUGCUGGGGAUUCGAGUAUGAAAAAUUGGCACACAAAUGCAAACUAAUGGCGGCGACGUCUCCGACGGAUUUUUUGAAUUUCACUUUCGAUUCUGCUCCUGGGUGCAUUAUUCCGACGGGAUUGAAUCAAUACACGGAGACUUCACCAGCGAAUCCACAACAAGAUUAUGCCGCGAAGAUGACUCUGAAAUGCAAAUCCGGCAGUGCUUUCAAUUCAAAUCAAUUGGAUCUAUCUGGGUACCCAAGCUCGGACGAUACGUCCGGGAAAUUCAGGUCGUUUGAGUUAACGUGUGGGCUUGGUGGAAUAUGGAACCCGGCACCCGAGAGCUUGCCUGAAUGUCAAACGUUUUCGGAGUGUUUGCGAACUUCGAGAGGAAAUGAGUUCAAGGGAACAUCGUUUACGAAAACUGUUUCCGGACUUUCUUGCAUCAAUUGGCUCACUCAAUCGUACGAAACAGGCUGGAUCCAGGAUGCGGCUGCUUUUCCUGGUGGAGCUUUGAAAGAUCACGGCAACUACUGCAGGAAUCCAACAAAUACGAACCGAACCAAACCAUGGUGUUUUGUAGCUGAUCCGUCCAUCGUUUGGGAAUACUGCGGAAUUCCGCAGUGCCAAGAUGCACAAGUUUCGACUCUAAAUUGCAAGUUGGACGCAAAAGGCAGCACAUAUUUGGGAACCGUCGCAAAAACUUCGAGUGGUUACACUUGUAUGCCCUGGCAACAAUCCUUUUCUCAGGCAAUCGGAGACACGAAGUAUAUCCCAGAUGAUGAUGCUCCUUUUUACGUCGGAAACCCCUUGAAUAAUUUUUGUCGGAACCCGAAACAACUCAAGACAGGACCCUGGUGUUGGUACACAAGAUUUAUUGCUUGUUACGCAACGUCUCUCGAGAUUCAACCCGGGAGCAGAUUUGAGCGCGUGCAAUUGGACUUUGCCGCAACGGUUCCUGCUGCGAACUUGAUAUGGGAAGGAACUCUGAGCAAUUUACAUUUCUGCUCUGCGAAAUGCUUCACGUGGACCGGAAGAGAUUGCUGGGGUUUCGAGUACAAUACUAAUACUCGAAUUUGCAAAGUCAUCGAAGGAACAUCGCCUACUUGGUACCUUACAGAAAUGACAUUCACUGCUCUCACUGGCUCUCGACUUUACUGGUCAACAACCACUUUCAACAAAUGUGGUGCACCGAUGGAGUAUAAUGAGUACACAACGACGACUUAUGCGGAUCCACCGAAAACUUAUGGAACUAGUUUAAGUGCAAAGUGCAAAACUGGCAGUGCUUUCAAUUCUGCUCAACUAGCCAGCUCUAAUUACCCCACUACUCACGAUACAAAUGGUUUAUUUAGAAGUAUAACGAUCACUUGCGGCAGGUUUGGUUUGUGGUAUCCUCGACGCGGAAGUUUGCCGGAAUGUCAAACUUACAUUGAAUGCCUUCGGAGUAAUAAGGGAAGUGAGUUUCAAGGAAAAGCUUAUACAAAAACCGCAACCGGGAAGGCUUGCAUCAAUUGGGCUUCACAAACUUUCGAGACUGGCUGGGUUACUGAUCCGAAUGCGACAUGGGGGGAUGCUUUUAUUGGGGAAGUUCCCCCAAACUUUGCUGGCUUGCGUUGGGAACCCAUUCUAACAUGCAUUGGCCAACGUUUGGGAGAACCUCCCCAACGUUUGCCAGAAUGGAUUCCCAAUGCAAGCCAGCAUGCCUUGGCCAACGUUUGGGGGAAUGCCUGCUCUCAUCAGACGUUGGGCAGUGACCAAACGGCCAACCACAAGGAGAGAACAAGUACAGACAAAGCAAGGCAGGCAGAUGUAAAAAAAGAAGACCAGAACACCGUUUUCGAAGACGAACAAAAAGACCUGGGUCUCUUGAGCCCAAUGAACAAUUCCCAAGACCACAGACAGAAUUCCGACACAAACAGGGAUUUCCCCAAAACACUGGAGAAGCUCCUCAUGCAAACAUUUGCUACAGGAGAUGGAAAUGUUUUGUUGGUGCGGGUUUUCCUGGGGUCUCUGCUCUGCCACUGGUCUGCCGCAUAUUAG